UUUACAAUAAGAUCAUUUUAAUCUAACUAGAAUUAGAGCCACAUGACACAAAGUGAUUAAGUAAACAAAUCUCAGCGUCUCCAUAAUAUGCCACGACACGUGCGCUGAACGUCAGUGUGCCUCCAACAUCGUCGGGCGGGAGGUGUUCGCGCUCCUCAGGAAUGGGCGGGUAAGGCAUGGCGGCUGCGGAUGUUGUAGAGGUGGUGGGCGUGGGGGAGGUGGAGGUGCGCCCACAGCUGGCUUCAUUAACACUUGUACUCUCGGCGCAGAAGAACAGCCUGGAACUAUGUCGAGCUUCUGUGGAAAAACGACGGCCGUACGUUUAUCAGACGCUCUACAACAACAAGGCCGAGGCGGAAGGUGUGACAGAAGAGGAAGAGGUGCAGACAGGCGAGAAUGGUGAGGUCCUGCUUGCGGUGUUUGUGACAGCCAUCUUGCCCGCCGAGGUGGCACGACCCGCUGCCAACACACUCUCGGGAAAGCUUGCCUCGACUGUAACCGUUCAGAAGCUAGUCUACCGGCACUCCUCCACUUCCCUGUCGGAGGCCAGGGUGAAGGCAGGGCGGCGAGCGGCAGAGGAGGCGAGACAGAGGGCGGCAGACAUGGCAGCUGCAGUUGGAGGGAUGCUCGGCCCCUGUCUCACUGUGGUCGAAGACAAAUGCACUCACCUUGCCACCACUCAUGACAGGAGCGAGUCAUGGAUGGUCGACACAGGGCUUAAGCACCAGGAAACACAUGCUCUUACUCCAAUCAUUAUCCAGAGUACCGUAAGAGUCAAGUUCUCGCUACUAUCCUAUGGGGUUCCAAAGUCAAAGAAAAGCUGAUGGUAAUGAUCAUUCCUUGGCACUUGUUUGUGCUAGGAGAUGCUUCCAUAUCUCAAAAAAUAGGACAGAAAGACAAAAAGGGCUAGGUUAAUUAUGAAUGGAUACAGUUUGCAUUAUAAAGAUGAGUUUGUGAAAUAUAUAAUGAUUUAAAAAAAUAAAUAACUUGUGAAAAGGUAAUAAAAGAAAGGAGUUUAUGUAUACAUUGUUAUU